AUGCCGCUAGCCCAUUCAGAACAUCCAAUGGCACGCCGUGCUGAAGGCGCCGCUAUCCCAUGGCUUCUCCUCCUGCAGCAGAACCUUACCCGUACCGGCUUGGACCUGCAACGCCGCUAUAGCCCGGCUUGCUUUGUCUCCCACCGCCGAGAUGCCGCCCGAAAUGCGGUGAAAGACCGCCCCGCCCCGUUCCAUGUGGGAGCUCUUUGUAGCGUCAUCGUGAAUUAA